AUGUCUACUCCCCAGGAUCGUGUCCAGCAGUACAUUGGACAGCUCGAUAAAGAGCUGUCUAAGUAUCCUAUCCUCAACCAAAUCGAGAAGCAGACCUCGGUGCCCAAGGCUUAUGCCGUUGUCGGUGCUGUUACGCUGUACUUCCUUAUGAUUCUUUUCAAUCUUGGUGGUCAGCUCCUCACCAACCUUGCCGGCUUCGGUAUCCCGUGCUACUACUCGCUCAAUGCCCUGUUUACUCCGUCUAAGGCCGACGACACGCAGUGGCUGACUUACUGGGUUGUUUUUGCUCUCUUCACUACUGUGGAGAGCCUGAUUAGUGUCGUCUACUGGUUCCCCUUCUACUACACUUUCAAGUUUAUUUUCCUGCUGUGGCUGUCUCUGCCCGCUUUCCGCGGUGCUGAGUUCAUCUUCCGCUCCUUCCUUGCCCCGGCUCUUGGCCGCUACUUCCAGACCCCCGGCUCUACUGCCAGUGGUCUACGCGCGAAGGCCGAUGCUCUCCACACCGAGUAA